AAAUGGUCAGUAGUAAAUUGACAUAAUUCCCGACUAAAGAGUUGAAAACUAAAGAACAAAUACAUGUAAGUUGUAGAAAGUGGGGGUUGCAGACAUGGCCGACAAUCAGGGCGACUUCCUCUCCGAGGAAAACUUGUGUGGCCAAACUAUCCUCAAGUUGGUGUCCCGGGGGAAUGCGAUCAUAGCUGAGAUACUGAGACUGUCCGACUUCAUCCCCCCAGUUUUUAAUGGCCAGGGGGACCAUGAGAAAUACGCACCCCUCCUUAUGGACUUCCACUAUUUCACAAUAUCGGAGAGCUUUGAGAAGAGUUACAGUGGGAACGGGAAGCUGGUGGAUCUGAACGAGGAGUUCCGAGACAACCACAAACUCAUCAUAGAGAGGUUCUACCUGGUGUUCGAGAGUGUGUACAAGUACGUGGACGACCUGAACAAGUAUGUCACUCAGCUGUCAGAGGGCUCCUUUGUGCAGGAGACGGUGGACAGUGUGAUCAAGACUAUAGAGGGCAAACAGUUGCUGGCAGAGGCAGUCUACAUCUACGGGGUGAUGCUACUGCUCUUGGACAUCAAGGUACCCGGAGACGUGAGGGAGAAGAUGCUCGUGUUCUACUACCGCAAUGGAGGCACACACGUGUCCACAGACUCGCACAUAGACGAAGUGUGCAAACUACUGGCCUCCACCGGCUACAUCCACUCCUCCUCUGUGGACAAGCAGAGUGUGCGGCCACAGGACUACCCGGAGAGUUUGUUCAGAAGGGUCCCUCUCAACGACUACUUCCUCCAGAUUGUAUGUGGCAGGAUGGAGUCGGAUGACUUGUACAAUCUCAUCUCCUUCUACCCAAACCCCACACACAGGAGUCAUGCAUUGUCUGGACAGGCCUCUAUGAUCUACGUGAUGCUGUACUUUGUGCCUGAGUUGCUGCACUCGGACAGUGCCAAGAUGAGGGGAAUAGUGGACAAGUUCUUCCCAGACAACUGGAUCAUCAACCUCUACAUGACCAUCCCAGUCAAUCUGGCAGAGGCGUGGGAGCCAUACAAGGCAGCUCGUCUAGCUUUGGCACAGAGUCUGAUGCUAGAGAACGUGAAGCGACUGUCGCUGAAGAUGCACAAGAAGAUGGGCGAGUGUGGGGUGAGUGUGAACAACUUCCUGAAGGAGGGGGUGCUGACUGUGAACUACCUGUUGGACAACAGAGACAAACUGCUCAACUGUAUCCGGGAGUCAAACACCACACUCAAGUGGAUGCUGCUGCACAACAGCAAGAUGGCACAGGCAACCAACCGAAUGAAGCAGUACAAGACAGUGCAGGAGACCAUCUCCACCCACUCACACUUCACACACGAGGCUGUGCUAGAACUCCUCAUGAACAGUGCCCAGCUGGAACUCAAGGUGAAGCGAAUGUUCAAGCAGUUGUUGGCGGAGAAGAUUAGUCACUGGACUAGACUGAGGAGUGAGUGUGAGGGGAGGAUGGACGAGUUGAGUGACGUGUUCAGUGGGGUGAAGCCACUCACCAGAGUAGACAAGAACGAACACCUCACUGGGUGGUUUAAACAGGUGAAGUCGCAGAUAGCAGCUCUGAAUCACGAGGAGUGGGUGGCUGCAGGCAGGAACAUCCAGCAGCUCAGCCAGGCUCUGGAGGAGGUGCAGGAGUUCCACCAGUUGGAGUCCAACCUAUACGUCAAACAGUUCCUCAAUGACACCAGCCACAGGCCUGAGAGAUUGACUCUCUUGGAUUUCUAA